GGAACAAUUAUGCAUGAUAAGAACAGGUUGGACCCAGUUUUGUUAUUACUAAAUCCAACCUGUAAAUAAACCUAUAAGUGUAAAUUACAAAUUUUUGUAAAACACCAAAAAUUUAUUCUACACAAAGUGUACGGCUUGACGAGGAAUUCUGAAAGCGACCUUUGAGCGCAAAAAGGUCCUCCACUACCUGCCGUAGACCUUAUUUUUGCAUCCUUCGCGGGGGAUGAACCGUCGAGGUAUUAAAGGGAUUUAGGAAAAGUUCAGGUAAUUCCAUUUCCACCUCUUGCAGGGUAUAUAAGCGCCAAGGGUGAGAAUGUUCCCCUCAGUUUGCGAGUUUAGAAGCUACGUGAAGGUACGGGCUAAAAUAUUUUGUACGAAACUCGGCAAGAAGAUCGAAGAAAAAUGUUGCGUGAUUUGAUCGUUUUUCUAUUGGCGAUUGGAUGGUGCAGUGCAGCAGCGUUGAUACCCCCUGAGCAAGAGAUCAAAAUUGAUCAGACCAAGCAGAAAGAAGAGUCGAACGAACCUGUGUACCCAAUCUCUCAAACCGGAAACCAGCAGCAACAGGCUUACGCACAAGGGAAUCAGCAACUGGCCAGCCAAUAUUUUUAUCCCACUUAUCCUGAUUACAGUAACAGAGAAUUCCUUCUAAAAUCAGGAUACGGGGGUUACCUCGUUCCGGCAGUUUUAUUGCCGCAAAAGGAGGAGUCCAAUUGGCUCACCGAUAUCGCAACAACGUUGCUUCCGUUCUCUAACGAUGUUCUUUUGCACGGAGCACGCGUUGGAGCGCACCUGUUGCAUUUUAUCUUCGUGAUUCUCAUGGGCGGCGCUGUCACCACCAUGAUCUGUACAUUUACGCCAUUUUGCAGCAUCAAUUUUCUCGGAUUCGGUCUUACCAAAAAUCAGGUGAAGGAGCAGAUAACUGAGCUGGCUCGGGCAUACGUUUCUCCAGAAAACAUAAACGCAGCAACCAUUCUAGUUUUACACGCUGUCGAGAAGUACACGGCGAUGCAACGGGAGAAACAGGAAACGACGUAUCAGAAAGAGAAGUCUGGCAGGCUCUCCAGGAGGUAAUUUUUGUCAGGUCUGGGUCCUGUCUACUACUUUCUUGUUUACUGAACGAUUGUAAUUUGAUGUAUAAGCUGUACGAGUUCCGUUAAAUUAAUAUUUAUCAACAAAUAAAUUAAGACAGUAAGAGAAUUUCACGCAAUAAACACUGCCAAAAUACACGUAGGCAUUGACAGUACAUUUUAAGGAGUUAAGA